AUGAAACAGGCGUGGAACCCCAAUUUGGUAAAAUCCCUCGCCACCUCUUCUUCUUCUUUCUCUCUUUCUUGCCAACACAAACUACCACUGUUCCAUUUCCAUACCAACACCAAAACUCACUUCAUAGCAAAGCUCCAAACUUGCAACGAUUUAGCCUCCGCAACAACGACGCACUCCAGCGUUGUCAAAUCCGGUUUCUCAAAUGACACUGUUUCCACCAACCAUCUCAUUAACUGCUACCUUAGGCUCUUCAGAAUCGACUAUGCACAAAAACUGUUCGACGAAAUGCCUCAGCGUAAUGUCGUGUCCUGGACUUCGCUUAUGGCUGGUUAUGUCAGCCAGGGUCAACCCAACAUAGCACUUUGUCUCUUCCAUCAAAUGCAAGGAACCUUCGUCCUGCCCAAUGAAUUUACAUUUGCCACUCUCAUCAAUGCAUGUUCUAUCCUCGCCAAUCUUGAGAUUGGUAGAAAAAUUCAUGCUCUUGUUGAGGUUUCUGGUCUUCGGUCCAACCUUGUUGCAUGUUCUUCCCUCGUUGAUAUGUAUGGCAAGUGCAACCAUGUUGGCGAGGCUCGCCUGAUCUUUGACUCCAUGUGUACAAGGAAUGUGGUUUCCUGGACUUCCAUGAUCACUACUUAUUCUCAGAAUGCACAAGGGCACUGUGCUCUACAAAUGUUUAAGGAAUUCAAUCAUUCUAGACUGGACAGACCGAAUCAUUUCAUGUUGUGCAGUGCAAUCAGUGCUUGUGCAAGUCUGGGAAGCCUAGGUGCUGGGAAAAUCACUCAUGGUGUGGUCAUCCGUCUUGGACAUGAUGCAAGUGAUGUGAUUGCUAGUGCACUUGUGGACAUGUAUGCCAAAUGUGGUUGUGUUAAUUAUUCUGCUAGAAUCUUUAGGAGAAUCCCAAUUCCUUAUGUGAUCCCCUAUACUUCAAUGAUUGUGGGUGCCGCAAAGUAUGGACUUGGUACAUUGUCUCUUCAACUUUUCGAAGAAAUGGUUGUUAGAAGAAUAAAACCUAACGAUGUCACCUUUGUUGGGGUCUUGCACGCUUGCAGUCAUUCAGGGCUUGUAGAUAAAGGGCUUGAGCUGCUUAACUCCAUGAAUGGGAAAUAUGGGGUGACUCCUGAAGCAAAACAUUACACGUGCGUUGCAGAUAUGCUAGGCCGAGUGGGGCGAAUUGAAGAAGCAUACCAGUUAGCAAAAUCAGUUCAAGUUGAAGGUGAUGGGUAUGCCAUGUUGUGGGGGACCCUUCUUUCGGCUAGUAGGCUUUAUGGUAAAGUAGACAUUGCCCUUGAAGCCAGCAAUAAGCUAAUAGAGUCCAACCAACAAGUGGCAGGUGCAUAUGUUACAUUGUCCAACGCUUAUGCAUUGGCAGGGGAUUGGGAAAGUGUUCAUAAUCUACGAUCUAAAAUGAAGCAUACUGGAGUCUACAAGGAACCUGGCAGCAGUUGGAUUGAGAUAAAAGAAUCAACUUAUUUGUUCCAUGCUGGAGACAUGUCUAAAUGUACCAAUGGGAGAGAGAUGCUGAGUUUGCUAAAGGAAUUGGAAGAGAGAAUGAAGGAAAAGGGAUAUGUAGGAGGAACUAAAGGGUUGGUGUUUGUUGAUGUGGAAGAGGAGGCCAAAGAGGAAAUUGUGAGUUUGCAUAGUGAGAAACUUGCCUUGGCGUUUGGACUAAUAAACACACCUAAAGGUGUCACUAUCAGAAUAAUGAAGAACUUGAGAAUGUGCAGGGAUUGUCAUGAGGCAUUCAAGCUUAUUAGUGAUAUUGUAGAGAGAGAAUUGAUUGUGAGAGAUGUGAACAGAUUUCAUCACUUCAAAAAUGGAUUAUGCACUUGUGGAGAUUUUUGGUAA